AUCUCUGCAAGCAUAAAAGACACAGCAAAACUAGAAUGAGAACUAGCUAGCAAAUAGUUGGCUGAUUCAGUUAGCAACUCGAUUUCUGCAUAAAACAUUAAAACAUGCAAAUAGAUGUAUGAAGUUAAUUGAGUUCUAAAACAAUCUACAAGCAGUUGGAAAGACCUGGUCACAAAAAUCUCAUCACCAAAUCAGACAUCUGAUGUCUCCUAAAUCUUGAAUACAAUCCAAUAUUAACACUCGAAUGGCAACGAUUCAGUUACACCUAAACAUGUUUCCUUUCCUGACAGUUGGGACAUUUUAUGUCAAGCAUUUCAACUUUCUUUUGCGGAGUCCUGAUUGCAUUCAUAUCCAGCUGGGAAGUGUCACUCCUAUCCUUGUCGUCCCACUAAUCUUAUUAAUUGGCGCCAGUUAUACAAAAGAAAUGAGUGCAAUUUCAGCCAUGAAAAUGUCAUACCUGUCACAAGCCACAUCAAUGGUAGAAGAGGUAACAAGCUUAUCCAUUUCUUCGGUGAUAACAUGUUAUCAAAGUAUAGGCAGAUCUUACUUACACUACUGAACGAUUAUUCAUACUGCACCUCUGCUGCUCCAUGACAGACAAUCUCUCAAAUCAAAACCGUUUUUGCUUUUGUUGGAGAGACUUCAUCAAUCAAGUCGUUCUUAGACUGCAUCGGAAAACAGAUGAACCUAAGCAAGAAAGAAGCAUUUAUAAAGGGUGUUGGAACAGGCAUUUUCCAGACUGUAACUUUCAGUUCAUGGGCUCUUAUUGUGUGGGUGGGAGCUGUUGUUGUAUCAGCUCGGAGAUCAAGUGGCGGAGAUGUCAUAGCUGCAGUUAUGAGCAUUCUUUUUGGUGCAAUGUAAGAGCCAAAACAUCAUAUUUUACAAUAGAAUCUACCAUGCUAUGAAGAAAGAGGAAGAAGAAAUCAAAGUACUGUCAGAAAAAAGAUGGUUUUAUUAUCUUUCUUUUAAUUUCAGAGCACUCACAUAUGCUGCACCAGAUAUGCAAAUAUUCAAUCAAGCAAAAGCUGCAGGAAAGGAGAUUUUUCAGAUGAUCGAAAGAAUACCAACAAUAAGUGCUGACUCGAGAGGGAAGAUGCUGGAUGUGACUAAUGGAAACAUCAGUAUAGAGGAUAUAGACUUUUCUUACCCAUUGCGGCCCGAAAAGAUUGUUCUUCAAGGGUUUUCUUUGUCCAUUCCAGCAGGAAAAGUAGUGGCACUUGUGGGAGUGGUUGUGGUAAAAGCACCAUCAUCUCAUUAUUGAUGAGAUUUUAUGAUGCAAAGAAAAGUUCGUCAUCCCUCCACUAUUAAUUAGAAAUCUCAGCUCUUACCUGCAGAAGCUUAUUAAUGUACAUAAUGUUCAUAGUCAGAUAAAGUUGCCUGAUUUAUAUAUGAAUGUUAGAACACUAACUCAGUAUGAAAUCCCUCAGGUGAUAUUCUCCUUGACAAUCAUAACAUCAAGGAUCUUGAUUUUAAGUUUCUGAGGAGAAAUAUCGGACUAGUUUCCCAGGAACCAUCACUAUUUGCUGGCAGCAUUAAGGACAACAUCAAGAUAGGAAAAAUGGAUGCAGAUGAUGAGGAUACUGAAAGAGCAGCAUCCUUGGCAAAUGCGCAUUCUUUUAUACAACAGCUCCCUCAUCAAUAUCAUACAGAGGUCAGACCAGUGCCCCUCACACACAUUAUUAAAUUUCCAUUCUUUUGGAUAUGGAGAUAAUAUGGUCAAAGUCACCGGAAAAGAGAUAAUGUUGAAGAAAGGAAGAAGGCUGGCUUAAAUUUACAUGCUUGUUCAUAAACAGUAGAUUUUCUAAGGAGUUAAAGCUGAGGCAUUUAAGAAACUGUGAAACACCAAAAGGCCAAUUGUUUUUUGUAGAAUAUCUAAGAUUCAAAUGAAAUUGAACAAAAACAAAAUCUUUCCAAUUAGGAAUGGCCUUAAACCUGCACUAUUGAAACAAAAAAUUAUAACUUCCCACAACUAAUAUAGCAAAAUUUCAUACCAGACUUUGUGAAAUCUAGCACCUAGCCUCUUUUAUCCAAUGCUAAUGAUAUUUGCAUUACUUUUUAUACCGUCAUAGCUCAAAGCCGCAUCCAGAGAGAAUCCUCAGUUAGUUGGAACAACCGAUAACUAAUUAAAAAGAGUUCCAUUAGUUGGAAUAACCAACAACUAAUGAACUGUGAAAUAAGUUUGUGCUUACUUUUUAGCCAGAAAGUAAAGGAAAAUCAAUAGAAUGUUUCUAUAUAAGCAAAACCCUAAAGUUAGAGGUCAAUUAUGAAUAAUAAUAACAACAACAAUAACGACUACAACGAACAAAACAACAACAGUGAGUUGUUAAUUACUAAUAUAGGAAUGAAGACCUAAUAAUCCUACAACUCAGAUACUAGUCAUCAAAGAAGCUACUUAAAGUGUAACAAAAUUUUAAAGAUACUAAAACAACUAGGAUAUGAACAAUUAAUUACUUCAAAAACUAAUCUCUAUCUAAAAUUACUCAGACAAUCUUCAAGCAGAGACUGCAUGAACAUUAUCCUGAGUGAGAAGUACAUGAGCGAAGCUUCUUCUUUAUCCCUUUCCGUCAUGCACCAGUCUCACAUACAAAUCAAAUUGACAGGAUAUGGCUGUAGAAAGUGCCAACCUAAGUCUCCAAUAGCACAGUAAUAAUAUCAAAAGAAAUCACCAUCUCUAAGACAAACAAGUUGGAAAUAUUAUGGCAAGUUAAAUGGCACAUAUGCACAAAAAGAAUACAGAGAUGCUGCAAAAGCUGCUACAUCACCGUAUAAUACAUGUAAACCACUCAAAGAUAUCCUUCACUCUGGCAUAAGUCAAAUGGAUAAUCAGCUUUCAUGUUAACAAUGUUUUGAUUUCUUAAGCACAAGUUUCUUGAAAAAUAAAAUGACGUGAUAAAUUAGCUUUUACGUCAUAUGUUUGCAUUCUAGGUAGGACAAAGGGGCCUCCAGUUAUGAGGUGGACAGAAACAGAGAAUUGCAAUAGCAAGAGCAAUAUUAAAGAACCCUCCAAUUCUUUUGCUUGACGAGGCCACCAGUGCACUUGAUACAGAUUCAGAGAAACAAGUUCAAGAAGCACUCGACACAGCCAUGCAAGGAAGAACGGUCAUCUUAAUUGCACACAGAAUGUCAACUAUCGUUAGUGCAGAUAUAAUAGCUGUUGUUCAGAAUGGAAAAGUGACAGAGAAAGGAACCCAUCAUAACCUAUUAAAUACCAGUAAAUACUACAAUGCCUUGUUUAGCAUGCAGAACAUCGGCCAAGAUUGUCAGACCAGGUCACAUUCAACUCGAUGACAUAUUUUCCAUUAUAAGAUAAACAUAAGUAUUUGAUGGAUUUGAAAUGAAAUACAUUAUAAUUGACAGGAUGGAAGCUACAAAUGAGAAAGCUGAAUUUAUCCAACAAGACAAUGCGCGUCAGGACAAUCAGCAGCCUGACGAGCCAAGGGAAUUCCAUAAAGAGUUUAAACAACGCUGUGAGAAGGAGCAGAAAGGCAAAAACGAAACACAUAUAUUCUUCAGAAUCUGGUUUGGCUUGAAUAAGAGAGAGAUCAUAAAGACUGAUAUUGGCUCUUUUGCAGCAGCUUUUGCAGGAACCUAUAAACCUGUUUUUGGAUUCUACGUCAUUACAAUAGGAGUGGCAUAUUACAAUCCUGAUUCAAAGGAGAAAGUAGCUCGGUAUUCAGCAAUAUUUACCUCAAUAGGACUGCUUUCUCUGGUUGCCCACACUUUGCAACAUUACUUAUUCGGAGUAGCUGGAGAGAAGGCCAUGACAAACCUCAGGCGAGCUUUGUACACCGCCGCACUACGUAAUGAAUUGGCUUGGUUUGAAAAUCCCGAAAACAGUAUUGGACCACUUACCUCCAGGAUAGUCAAUGAAACAUCCACAGUCAAGACGAUAAUAGCUGAUCGCAUGUCUGUCAUUGUCCACUGCAUCUCCUCCAUACUUAUAGCAACAACUGUUAGCAUGAAAGUUAACUGGAGAAUGGGUCUGGUGGCUUGGGCUGUAAUGCCAUGCCAUUUUAUAGGCGGACUGGUUCAAGCAAAGUCAGCUAAAGGUUUCUCUAGUGAUAACACUGUUGCACACUCAGAACUCGUUUCCCUAGCUUCUGAAUCUACAAUGAAUAUAAAGACUGUUGCAGCUUUCUGCUACGAAACACAGAUACUUGAGAAGGCCAAAUUGUAUUUAAAGAGACCAUUGAGGAAAGGGAGGGCAGAGAGCAUCAAGUACGGAAUCAUACAAGGGAUCUCUCUUUGCUUCUGGAACGUUGCACAUGCAGUGGCCUUAUGGUACACAACAGUUCUGGUCGACAAGAACCAAGCCAGCUUUGAAGAUGGCAUAAGGUCAUACCAGAUAUUUUCCCUAACAGUACCCUCAAUUACAGAACUAUGGACACUGAUACCCACUGUUUUAUCAGCCAUCGGCAUUCUAAAACCUGUGUUCCAGAGCCUCGAUCGGUGCACAGAAAUUGUACCAGACAUGCCAGACAAUGCAUCAACUGAAAGCAUCAAAGGGGAAAUCGAGUUCCAAAAUGUCCAGUUUCGUUAUCCAUCAAGGCCUGAAGUACUGGUACUAAACAAUUUCAGUCUGCAAAUUGAAGCUGGAGUUAAGAUUGCAAUAGUGGGGCCUAGUGGAGCAGGAAAAUCUUCAAUCUUGGCCCUGUUACUUAGAUUCUAUGAUGUGAAUGAGGGAAAAGUUCUGAUUGAUAGCAAGGAUAUAAGAGGUUACAAUCUUAUGAAGUUAAGGGCACAGAUUGGACUGGUGCAACAGGAGCCACUCCUGUUUAGCUGCUCAAUUAGAAACAAUAUCCGCUAUGGAAGUGAAAAAGCAUCUGAAGCUGAGAUAAUAGAAGUGUCAAGAGAAGCAAACAUACAUGAGUUUAUAAGUAACUUGCCCAAUGGAUAUGAUACUGUUCUUGGGGAAAAGGGCUCUCAACUUUCUGGGGGACAAAAGCAAUGGAUAGCGAUAGCAAGGGCGUUACUCAAAAGACCAGCAAUAAUGCUGUUGGAUGAAGCAACAAGUGCAUUAGAUACCGAGUCCGAAAGAGCAGUGGUAAGUGCAUUGGAAUCAAUGAAGCUGAACAACUAUGGAGGGACAAAAAUGACUCGGAUAACAGUAGCACACAGGCUUUCGACAGUAAUAAAUUCAGAUACUAUAGUUGUUAUGGACAAAGGUAAGGUUGUGGAGAAGGGUAGCCACUCAACCCUGAUGGCUGAGCUUGACAGUGUGUAUUCAAGACUUGUUAGGCUCCAAAGUGUGGAAUAAUUGGACAAAAACUGACAACAGAUAAAACAUAAUGAGUCUGUCUUUUUUUCGAUACAGUGGAUAAACAUAGCUUAAAAAUCACACUAGUAAGUAUUUGCAGAAAACACAUGAAAACCUGUUUAUAUGUAUCUCUUCUCCACAGAGAUUUGAGUACACAUAAUUGAUAAACGAAAGGAAAGCGCAGCCGUUCAAAAUUUCAGUCUGUAUCCAGGUUUGAUACUGUGUAUCCUUUAGAUACUCUAAAUAAAUUAACAAGGAUAUCCAGGGCAACAAAACACAAACACAAUACAACAACAACAAACCCAGUGUAAUCCCAUAAGUGGAGUAGUGUGUUAUUUAAUUGCUCAAAACAUAAUACAGUCACAACAUGCCAGACUGGUUGAAUUGCAGUGGAACCUGAUAUAAUGGCUCCUUCGCCGUCUAUCAUUAGCCUUAUCCAACCAACGAUUUCUUUGAGAGUUGCUAGUUGCUACAGAUAUUGUUUUCUGAGGAAACUGUGAUUACAGAAAUGGACCUAAUUUUGAAUUGUCCCAAGCAAUCUAGAUAUGAUAGGUGAUACAUCUAAAUGAAAAUAUGAACAAAGCACCAGUACAAGCAUUCAUAUAUUUGAAAAAUUAAUGAGAAAACAAAAGGCCAAACCAGAGUCUUCAAAAAUGUUGACCUCGCCUGAAAGGAGACUAGAAAAUUUACGGUAAAAAUUAC